GCAACAGAAGGUUGGAUGGAGCAAGGAGCCACAGUCAGUUGGCUAUGGGAACAGUUUAGGCACAACAGCGCAACAGGAGAGGAAGGUCCUCAGCUGAACACCUGUGUUGCUGCGCAGCUCAGAGCAUGAGGUGCCUGGAUCGGUUCCUGGAUCCAGAGAAGAAAAUGUCAAAUCCAGCUACACAUGGGCAAGCAUCCUAAUCUCCAGGGAAAUGGCCACUCUCUUCCGUACCUUCUUCCUCGGUUCCCUGAUGCCACUUUUGGUUUCAGGUAUGCUACUGCCAGCACCUCAGAAUAUCACAAUCUUGUCCACAAACAUGAAGCAUUUUCUGGUUUGGAGUCCGCUCACAGUGCCCGGAGAAGCUGUAAAAUACUCCGUCGAGUUUCAAGGAGAAUAUGAGAGGGACUAUGCAAACGACAGCUGGAUCCCCAUCGGAGAGUGCACUGAUAUCAGCGCCACCCAGUGUGACAUCACAGAAGAUAUCUCGGCCACUGUGCCGUACAAUCUACGGGUCCGGGCAGCUCAGGGGACAGAAGUCUCACGCUGGGCCACUCUCAAUGGGCUUUUCAAUCGUGUCACCACAUCCCUCAUUCCACCUAUGCUGACUGUCAUGGCUGAUGGGUAUCACUUGCUCGUGGAACUAGAGCACCUGGGACCUGCUUUUGAAUUCUUAGUACUCUACUGGAGGAAGGGCCAGGAAAACCAGGUAUAUGAAAAAGUCGUGAGAGACAGCAAUACCACUGUGCACUUGGAGACCAUGGAAGCUGGGGCCGAGUACUGUGUCAAAGCACAAACCUACGUGGAGGCAAUCAACCGCAGCAGCAAUUUUAGCCAGGUGCAAUGUGUGAAGGCCGCAGACAGCAAAGCCUUUUCGGUGAUAUUUGCUCCAAUUUUCUUCAUUGCCUUUGUGCUGGCUGUUUUUAUUCUUUUCUUACUGGCCUGGAAAACCUGCCAAGUCUGCCAGUAUUCCUGUUGCCCAAAUGAGGGCCUUCCAGACACUUUGAAACUCACAGAAUCAUCUGCCGGGAUACUGAACUACAGGGGAGAGGAAGCCGAGAAAUGUGACAUGUCUGUGCACGUGCAGCCCCCGGAAGAGCUGCUUCGCUUUUGGAUUCACGAUGCGCUUUAACAUCCCACUUGAAGACACAGCCUGUGAAACGAGGCUGAAGAUCCUACUCUCCUAACCACAUGGAGCUAUGCAGCUUCCCUUUCUUGAGGAACAUGUGAGACCAAGAUAGGAAAUCUAGGAUAAGCUUUCUUCAAAAGGAAAGCACUGUGUAAGCAGCCAUGGAUCCCAUGCUCCAGAUAUGGCAAGGAGGCUAGGAGACAAUCCAUCCAUGGUGCCCAAGAACCAGAGCCCAGCUCAUGAGUAAAACAGAUGGAGACAGCA